AGAGAGAGAGAGAGAGAGAGAUGCAGAAGAGAAGACCACAGGAGGCUCCCCUCAGCAGCAGCUAGCUUCCCCCAUUCCAGCUCCAGCAACCAGAUGCGCUCCCCCGUGAGAGCCCUACCGCCGCCAUCCGCAGCGCUCCUCCCCCGGCCCGUCCCCGCCGCCGGGUAGCCCGAUCCGACGGCCCCCGCCGCCCCCAUGGGCCGCGGCGCCGCCGCCGCGAUGCCGCCGUGGCACGCGCUCCCGGACGAGGUCUGGGAGCAUGCCUUCUCCUUCCUCCCCGCGUACUCGGACCGGGGCGCCGCCGCGGCCGCCUGCCGCUCCUGGCUUCGCGCCGAGCGCCGCUCACGCCGCCGCCUCGCCGUCGCCAACUGCUACGCUGCAUCCCCGCAGGACGCCGUCGACCGGUUCCCGUCCGUACGCGCCGUCGAGGUCAAGGGCAAGCCUCACUUCGCGGACUUCGGGCUCGUGCCGCCCGGCUGGGGCGCCGCCGCCGCACCAUGGGUCGCCGCCGCUGCCGACGGGUGGCCGCUGCUCGAGGAGUUCAGCUUCAAGCGCAUGGUCGUCACCGACGACUGCCUCGAGAUGAUCGCGGCCUCCUUCAGGAACUUCCAGGUGCUGCGCCUCGUAUCCUGCGAGGGAUUCAGCACCGCCGGGCUCGCUGCCAUUGCCGCCGGCUGCAGGAAUCUAAGAGAACUUGACCUGCAGGAGAAUGAGAUUGAGGAUUGCUCUAUUAAUUGGCUCAGUCUCUUUCCAGAAUCCUUCACUUCUUUGGUAACUCUAAAUUUUUCAUGCUUAGAAGGGGAUGUCAAUAUAGCUGUACUUGAACGACUAAUAACCAGAUGCCGUAACCUCAAGACUCUCAAGGUCAACAAUUCUAUACCUCUUGACUUGCUUGCUAGCCUCCUUCGCAAGGCUCCUCAGAUUGUAGAGCUCGGAACAGGAAGAUUCUCUGCGGAUUACCAUCUGAGUCUCUUUUCAAAACUUGAAGCAGCAUUUGCUGGUUGUAAAAGCCUAAGAAGGCUUUCUGGGGCUUGGGAUGCUGUUCCAGAGUACCUGCCAGCAUUUUAUUGCGUAUGUGAGGGCCUCACAUCACUAAAUCUGAGUUAUGCUACUGUACGAGGCCCUGAGCUGAUUAAAUUCAUUAGCAGAUGCAAGAAUCUGCAACUCUUAUGGGUGAUGGAUUUAAUUGAGGACCACGGUCUUGCUAUUGUGGCAUCAUCUUGUAAUAAAUUGCAGGAAUUGCGGGUCUUCCCUUCUUCUCCUUUUGAUGCAGCCGAGCAGGUUUCAUUGACUGAAAGAGGUCUUGUUGAUGUCUCUGCCAGUUGCCCAAUGUUGGAAUCAGUCCUAUACUUCUGCAGACGGAUGACCAAUGAGGCUCUUAUUACUAUUGCAAAGAAUCGGCCCAACUUCACUUGCUUCCGCCUAUGCAUAUUAGAGCCACACACACCAGAUUACAUCACGCAUCAGCCUCUUGAUGCAGGUUUUAGUGCCAUUGUGGAAUCAUGCAAGGGCCUUAGGCGGCUUUCUGUCUCAGGCCUUCUCACAGACCGUCUAUUUAAAUCCAUCGGAGCACAUGCUGAUCGUCUCGAGAUGCUUUCAAUAGCCUUUGCUGGCAACAGUGACUUGGGCCUUCAUUACAUCCUUUCUGGCUGCAAGAGCUUGAAGAAACUGGAGAUCAGGGACUGCCCAUUUGGUGAUAAGCCUUUGCUGGCAAAUGCUGCCAAGCUGGAGACAAUGCGAUCCCUUUGGAUGUCGUCGUGCUCACUGACCCUGGGCGCAUGCAGACAGCUUGCACGCAAGAUGCCCCGCCUUAGUGUGGAGGUCAUGAAUGAUCCUCGACGGGCAUGCUCCUUGGACUCGCUUACGGAUGAGAGCCCUAUCGAGACAUUGUAUGUCUACCGGACAAUUGCAGGUCCAAGGUCGGACACACCAGCCUGCGUCCAGAUUGUUUAGGGGGUGGCGACCUGUAGUAUGGGAAGAUACUAUGGAGUAUCCAUUUUCAGUCUCUCAGCACCUCCCUUGCAUAACAUGGAUAGUCUCCUUGAAGUUGAUGGGCUGGUGAUCUGGUAUCAUAAUCUCUGUUCAGAUGGGAAACUGUUGCUGCGAGUUUAAGGGCGAGACUCGGGACCCCUUUCAGGUGUUAAUAACUGCAGGGAGGAGACUGGACGAGUUACAGAAACCACUAGAUAGCGUCUUGAGAAAACUUGGGUUUGUUUUCUUAGCGUGUUUAGUUCUUUUUAUGUAUAAAAAAUAUGGAAUCAUUCCAAUGUCGCAAUGUACUUGUACUAUCGGAACAAUUGUACCAGGAGCUUCUGCUUUUUUGACCUCCCCUCUCUAGUCUCUAAUCAUGGGCUGUUGCUCCAACUUGUAGUGAUAUGUGAAUGAAGAAUAAUUCAAGCUUGUCUCGAGAACUGUACCUCACCGAGGGUUUAUCCUCCUGUGAUUUCGGGGUGAAAUUUAAAUUGCUUCUGAAUCCA